AUGGAAGCUGAAGAACGACCGCGCAAGCUACAGAAGACGGAGCAUGAAGUAACGGCCUGUACUACGGAUUCAACUGCCAUGCUAAUAUCGAAAAACAUUGGUGACGGAGCCGAGCCUGCUACAAGGGCUGAAGACUGCGAUGAGGCUGCUAUAGAUGCUGCUAUCCCUUCAGAACAGAUUGAGAAGCCACUGUCCAAAAAUCAACUGAAGAAACUUGCAAGGCAGCGCAAGUGGGAAGCUGGAAGGGAAAAACGGAAAGAGUACCGCAAAGACAAGCUACAAGCGAAAAGAGAACGGAGCAGAGCCCUGAAAGCUGAACUUCGCGCCAAUGGCGAGACUCUGACACCCGGGGUGCGUGUUGAAGGAAUACUUCCUGAUAAAAAUAAACUACGAAAGGAAGCUCGCGCCCGAGCAGUUAACGUUCCGCUCACCUUUAUAAUUGACUGCGAUUUUGAUGACCUUAUGAGCGAUAAAGAGCACAAGUCACUUUCAUCCCAGAUAACGCGGUCGUACUCGGACAAUGCAAAGGCCCCCUAUAGAGCGAGUCUAGUUAUAGCGUCCUUCCACGGCCAGCUGAAGGAACGAUUCGACACAACGCUUUCAAAACACUAUGAGAACUGGAAGGGGGUCAAGAUCACCGAUGAUGACUUUGCUACGGCCGCAGAAGCUGCCCAGGCACGCAUGCAAGAGAUCCGUCAGCCAAAUAUGAAAGGGAUGUUUGCUGAAAAGUCCAGUUCUCAGACUGUGAAGGAGGAAGGAGAGGUGGUAUACCUUACCAGCGACAGUCCAGACACUCUGACGGAACUUAAGCCAUACAGUACUUAUAUUAUUGGGGGAAUUGUUGAUAAGAACAGACACAAGGGGAUCUGCUAUCAGCGGGCUAUGGAGAAGGGAAUCAAGACAGCCAAAUUGCCCAUUGGAGACUAUAUGCAAAUGGCCAGUCGGUUUGUAUUGGCUACAAAUCAUGUUCUGGAAAUAAUGAUUAAAUGGCUCGAGCUGGGCGACUGGGGAAAAGCAUUUGCUCUUGUUAUGCCAAAAAGAAAAGGAGGCCGGCUAAAAAGCGAGGCAGACACGCCCGCAAGCACCGAGGAUGGACAUGAUGAAGAUUCCGAUAGAGAAGAUGGCGAAGAAGAGGAAGAACCAGAAGGAAGGGAAGAAGGAGAAGGCAGAGGGAGUACCGGAACGUUAGAUCCUUCCAACGAGGAUGCAGGGUAA